GCAAAGAUAACAUAUUUAAGUUAAACAAAGACAUCCUGUUAUGGGAUAUAAACGUCAGGCGAUAAAACACUUUAGUUACAUCGUAAAGAAGAGGACUCUGGAUUCGAGAAUAUAUAUAUCAGAGUUGCAGGAGAGCAGCCAUUAAAAUGUGUGUGAAUCCUUUUGAUCGUGAUUCGUCCAUGGCUGAGUUUCUCUCUCUCGCCACUCCUCCCUGGAGUUAAAAGAGCUGGAAACAUGAGUGGCAUCGGGCUCUCUGAAACUGAGCUACAAUUCUCUUCUCCGAAGGACUUGAUAUGAAAUCUCUGAUGCGCCGCUGGCUGUGCCUGCUCACCCUUUGCCUCCCUGUGUUGUUUUGGUUCGGACAUGUGAUCACGCGGGACGGUCCGACCCCUGCUGAGAAAAGCUCCACGCUCAGGGGCUACAUGAGGGUCAGCCCCGGCAGGAUGGACCAGUUCCUGGACAUGCACUGCGGCCGCUGUGCCUUGGUCUCCAGCUCGGGUCAGAUGCUCGGAGCUGGCGCUGGAGAAGAGAUAGACAGGAUCGGAUGCGUGAUCCGGAUGAACAAUGCACCCACGCGGGGGUUUGAAAAAGACGUGGGAAGCCGCACCAGUGUUCGGGUUGUGUCUCAUACCAGCGUUCCCUGGUUGGUUAAAAAUGAGAGCUACUAUUUCCAGCAAUCAGUGAACACCACGUACAUAUUCUGGGGGCCCGAGAGGAACAUGAGGCAAGACGGGAAGGGACGGAUCUUCAAUGCUCUCCUGAAAAUGGCAAAGAAGUAUCCAAAUGUCUCCAUGUAUGCUCUGACCAGGGAGAAGAUUCAACACUGCGAUAAUGUCUUUCAGAAUGAAACUGGGAAAAACAGGAUGAAGACCGGGGCGUUCCUCAGCACUGGAUUCUUCACAAUGAUUCUUGCUAUAGAAAUGUGCGACAGCAUCCAUGUUUAUGGAAUGGUCAAUGAUAACUUCUGCAGCCAAGCCAACCAAAGUCCUGUUCCUUACCACUACUAUGAGAAGAGCAGGAUCAAUGAAUGCAGGAUGUACAAGGUCCACGAGCACACUCAGCGCGGGGGUCAUCGAUUCAUCACUGAGAAGGCCAUCUAUGCCAGGUGGGCAACCCAGCACAAGAUUGAGUUUAAACACCCCUCAUGGAGCCCCUGAAGAAGAAGAGAUUUAAUACACAGUGUUCCUUUUACUGAGCAGCGGUAUGUCCUUUUGCCCGGUUUUUGUUCCUCUUUGUUGAAGUCUAUAGUUUUGCCUUGAACUGCUGUAGAACUUUAUCAUAUACUGGAUUGUUACACAUUUUAAACUGGCUCAAUGUGAAUGCAAUUAGCCAGAUUUAGCUGCAUUUAGCUGCUAACAUGUGGUGGGUACCAUCCCCAGUAUUACUAAAUACAUCAGCUGUAUUAAGCCAUAUGUCAGUGUUGAUGCUGAGAACGACUUUAGAGCCACUAAACUAGAAACUAAGAGGAGUUCAAACGAAAGCGAACACUUCUUAAUGUCUUCAUACCUGUGCCUUGAUUUUAAGUCUUAUUGUGCACAAUUUUAUAUUUUAUGCUGCAGCUACAAUACACAUUUUUACUUUAUGAAACAGGAAGUGUAAUGAUUCCUUGCUGUGACAAAAGCAACGGUUAAUCUGGCAUUUUAUUUUUUCAUGUAGUUGUUUAGUACUCAAACAGUUCUAACAGUUGGUCAUUUUGAAUGCCUGUAAAUGCUGCUGUAGGGCGGGUUGAGAUGAGGCUUUUAAACACACGCUGCCAACAUGGCCUUUUUUUUUUUUUUCCAUUUUCCAUGGGAUUUGCAGUCUUUUUAAACACUUGACUUUUAAAUGACAGCAGGACGAGAUGUUUUUUUUUGUGAGAUAGCACUAAUCGCACAUGUACAGAAAGAGAUCAGCAAAGAGAUAUAAUGGGGGCUACCGCUUUGUCCGAGAACAAGCUUUAGAGAAGUUUCUGUAAAGGCUUACCAGGACUGAAGUUUACUUUUUAAAAUAAUUUGUUUAAACAGUGUGGUUACACUAACUUCAUUUACAUCGUGAAAACAAGAAAAUUAUGUUUGCAUUUUACAUUAAGAAUGGGGGAUUACCAAUACAUUUUAGGAUUAGUUUUCUGUUGAUCAAAUAAUUGAUUAAUUGAGACAUUUUUGCUACAAUAUUGUUCUUUUUAGUAAACUUUCACAAUACAGUGUUUUGCCUUAAGACCCGACAGAGAAAUGUUAAAGAAAUGUAAUGUCAUGUUGUUCAUUGACAUGUGUGUCUUGUAGUCAAGAUUAAAGCUGAAGAAAAUCCCCACAAACUACUGUUACGAUACAGUUUACUAUUUUUAAAAUAGUGAAAUAAAAUUCAGUUUAACAUGACUCAUUUGAAAGUCCUGUUUUCCCCCUUCCUCAAGUAGUUGUGGUCACUAAGAUGACAAGCUUUACUCUAAGUGCUCAUUGACUAUACCAAAAAAAAAAAUUAACACACACAUCAAGCAGCUUCCGGCUUGAAUUUUUGUAAUCUACUGACUGUUUCAUUUUUUUUAAAGGUCACAUAUUAUGCACAAUACACUUGACCAUUUUUUUUCUAACACUAAUAUGUCUCCUUAGUCUUUCUUCAAUCCCCCCAAUUAUGAGAAAAGUCUAUCCUAUCUGUCCUUUGCCUUCUAGACUUUUCAGAAAAUGUGUGCUCAAACAGCUGUUUGGAGAUGUUCCCUUUAUGACAUCACAAAGGGCAGUAACCCCUCCCCCAGAUGGGUGACACUCCCACAGCUAGGUGUUUGUUCUGCCCUCCGAGCCUGCCUUCAACAAUUGGGCAUGGUGUGGGAAAGAAAGAGCCACUUCCAGAGAGGGGGCGUGGUCAGACACAACUCUUUUGCAUUUAAAGGUACAGACACAAAAACAGCCUGCUCUGAGCAGGGCUGAAAUAGAGGGGUUUAUAGGCAUGAUCAAUUACAGGAUCAGAGUGGAUUUAGAACAAGAAACUUCACAGACAUGUUUUGGAAAGCUCUGGGACUUAAGGAGGAUAAUAUGUGACCUUUAAGGUUUUAAUGUUGAAGCUUUACUCUUAUUUCAUGCCCUGACUGCUACAAGGGAAAGGGCUUAAAUGCUUGAAGUAGCAGAGGUUAGCUCUACAUUUUAACUCACCUGUUCCCUUGUGCAUAAUGUAAAUGUAAUGCAGUUGUUGUCUUUGUGAAAUCAGUGGUGACACGAAUAACGAAUGGGUGAUGGAGCUCAGUGAGACGCAGUGAUUAUUUGAUGAUAUGUUUAUACCAAACCUAGACCUCAUAUUAUCUAAAUGUAACUACUGAGAGGUAAGUGUCCAUCACAGACAGCAUUUCUUCAAAUCAAUGGCUGAAAAAAACACUGUUAAUCAUGGAACUAGUUUCUCGUCUUCAGACAUAAAAAAAAAAAAAAAAGGUUUACCCUUUUCAUUUUAUUUACGCUGGGGAAAAAAAAUAGCUCUGCCUUUAAGAUUGCAUAAUUCUUAUUUUAUGACUAAUUCCAAAGACUAUUAGUUACUGUAAUGCACUACUGAAUGAACUACUGUGUCAAAAUACUUUUCAGGCGUUCAGGCAUGUUUGAAUUGAAAUAUGUUAUUAAUGGCCUUUUGGUGACCAUAAAUGUUAUAAAAACUUGAAUGUAAACUUGAGCACUUGUCACUGCUGAUUGAUGUCACGAAGAAUAAAUCUGUUAAACACA